GUCAACGCUCGCUCGCCUUCAGCACACAGAGGAGUUUCAGCACCUCUGCCAUACUGACUGUCAUGAUGCCUCGACUCAUUGUUGCUCUGAUGAUGGCUGCUCUGUCAACAGAGGUCUACAUCACCAGCAGCAUGAAAUCCACCUACUACAGUGAAGAUCAGGCAAUACUCAAAGCACUGAGAGAUUUAAGACACGCAUCGAUAGCGCUAUCAGCUAUCAAGACUUCUGGGAAUUUACAUGCUGAUAAGAUCCUUUCAGCGGACGGAAAGUUUCCCAGGACGGGAUGGUGGCUCCUCCCUCAGACUGUCAGGAAACGUCAAGAUGUGUCCUCAUACAACCUCAACUCCUUCGGUCUACGUUAUGGAAAAUGACGAAGAAACCUGAUGUUGUUCUGUGUUAGAUCUGAUCUUUUCACCGAUUGUGUUUUGAUUAAGUUUGUACAUUCAGAGUGGGGAAAGAAAAUAAUGUAACUGUUAAAGGCUCAAUAAGAAAAAUCUGUUAAAGGUGAUUCAAAUAA